UCAAAAUCAAAGUUGCAAUUAUCAUGAAAACAUGAGUCGUGUAAUAGCUGGCACAAAAUAUGUGAUUUUAUAUUUCACGUUUACCAUGAUGCAAAUGUUCUUCGACUGGAAGUCUUUAACCAUGGUCAACAAGAGAUAACAGGGUCAGCUACACACACGGAGAGAUCAUUGGACAUGUGACGUAUAUGACAUAUCAUAUCAGCUAUAUGAUACCUGACAUAAACAGAACAACACAUCUGUAGUAGAUGUAACACAUACCCACAUCAGCAGCAGCAAAGAUGGGCGAGAGGACACCCCUACUGGGAAGAGAUCUAGAAAGGACUCCUGGCGGUAAAAUCCAAUUCUCCGAGUCCACAGAAGACUGCGAUCCACUCAGUCGUAGACAGAUAUCCUGGGACGAUAGCAUCGCCAGUGUAGGAGCAAGGGAUGUCGAGGAUGUCUAUGUUAGAGUCAGACCAAAGUCUGCACCACCGCUCCGACAUUCGGCAGAAUCAGAUGAUAGUGAUGAUGGAUGGACUCAGAGCUUGAAACGCCGAAGACCCCAAACAAGCCUUGAUGAAAGGACUGCGAUAGACCCAGAUGAGAUCUGUAGGAUCCUCAAUAGACAAAGGAGCGGUGGAAGUGAGGAUGAGGUUUUCCUGGACAAAGAGGCGAACAAAGGCAAGGUCACUGCCAAGGUACAGGUAAUGAAUUUAGUGUUGCUGAACAUUAUUCAGAUCAUCUGGACCAUUGCUAACCACAUGCACGCUCCCGUAUAUUCACAAUACCUUUAUCGACGAAUACUGGAUGAAGUGCUAGGUAACAGCACACUACCGUCAGGACACAAUUCAAGUACCUUGAACGCCACUCAGUGCUAUAAACCCUCCAGUAAUACGAGCGACUCUAACAGCAACAGCGGGUACUCUCUUCAAGAAGAAGCACAAAAACUUGCAUCUCAGAUGAACAUGUACUUUUCCUUGGUCAGCUGUGCGUUUUCCCUAGUCAGCACCGUUCUAUUCGGUGCCUACUCGGAUUAUUUUGGAAGAAAGAUGCUGUUCCUGCUGCCCUUGAUAGGACAUUUGAUAGAUUAUAUUCUAGUGACAAUAACCAUACAAUGGUCUCUUGACAUCAGAAUAUUUUUUCUUACAGCAGUUCUAACUGGCGUUUGCUCAUCUGAGAUUUUCGUCAUUGCAUGCAGCGCAUUCGUUGCUGACAACACGCCACCUGAAGGGUCUCGAACCGUUGCUCUUCUUGCUACAACCAUUACCGAGUCACUGACGGGGGCCGCCUUGUCCACCGGCGUGGGCUACUACAUACAACUUCAAGGAUUCGUCCUUCCUUCCCUCACUGCAGCAGCCAUCCUACUGCUCAACAUACUGGCUGUUGUAUUCAUCCUCCCGGGGAAGAGAAAGGUAGCCGCCGCAUCCAAACUACGGAAGAAGAAACUCGAGGAGAGAAAAUUUCUUACUCCCCUUAAAGCUGUGCGGAACGUGUUUAGCUUUUACUUUUUCGAAGGUACAGUCAAACUGCGAGUAAUGUUUUCAUUGGCAUUGGUUGCAUAUUUCCUCCACGAAAUUGCUGGAAAAACUGGCAACAUUGGUACACUAUGGGAGAUGAACUACCCUUUCUGUUGGAGCCCAGAGAUGAUGGGGUACUAUAGCACGGCAUCCUCCAUAUUCGCUGAGGUAAUAAAACUCCCUCUCUUGAAGCUGUUUCAAUGCUGCUUCAACGAUCGGUUCAUCGCCAUUUGGAGCAACAUCGCCUACACAGGAGGAAUUGUUUUGAAGGCAUUUGCUUAUGACAACUUCAUGAUGUAUGGAGUGGCCUUCAUAUCAGCAUUUGAUUUGUCAGUUUCGACGAUAAUUAAAUCCAUGGUAUCGAGCAUGGCCGGGGCUGAUCGACAAGGUGCUGUGUUCUCAAGCUUAGCCAUUGCCAACAUCAUUACCUCGAUAACUGGGACGCCCAUGUUUAGCGAGAUCUACAAGUAUACGUUGGACAUCUUUAAGGGAGUUACCUACCUUGUUUCUGCGGGACUUCAGUGUACGGCCACCAUCUGUCUGAUUGGGUUCGCUGUGCUCGGCAAGAUGGGGUACAUGCAACAGACGGAGAUCAUCAACAUACAGGAUAACAAGGAGCCCACACCAAGCACAGCCACAGCAGAAGAAGAUUCGAAAGUUUAGAGAAUGACUCUACUUGUUCCAGUUCAAGGAAUGCCUUGUGUCUACACAGUUAAAAUUAUGGGGAACGGAGCUUCCAGUACAACAACGCAGGAUGUACCCCCAUGUCCGCCAACAUCACUGACAAACAGUCAUGGGUAGCGCCGUGAGAACAAUGUUUUGAGGUCAAUGUAUUUUGUAUUGAAUGUCUUCCGAUUAUAACAUACACUAAAAAGUUGUAACUGGACUUGGUAGCCCAAUAUAAGAUAGCUACGCGAUAAAUCGAAAAGGACAAUGAAGAACAAUGUGGUUUAUUUCAUGAUAAAACAUUGUCAUGACGUCCUUUCUGGAGAUUCUGACAUGCGCUCGCAACUUCAUGACGUCGUAAGUUUGACGACGUAAUUUUGGAGAGGGAAGUGUGUUGUGAAUUGUUCCGCAUAGAUGAAGCAAGGCAACACAAAGAAACGCAAUGAUCGCAUCCAAAAGUGGGAGAGAUAUGACAAUCGAUAUUGGGAGAAAAGGAACAGAUAAUCGAAAAUUGUGAGAAUUUCUGGGAAGCACCAAACUUAAUCCCCCUGUAUUCAGAGAGUCGUCAUUAUUUAAAUACGGGUACAUAUUUUAAAGCUUGUGUAUUUUAUUAACAUUCUUAAAGAUGUUGUACAUAGUGUUGAUAUAUUGAAGGAAUAUGAGCGAGACAAGAUUGGGGGUUGAGGGUGGUAGUGAGGGGGGACGGUGGAUGGAUGAAGGAAUAGGGUCAGGAAACGAUUUAGGGAUUAUUGUGAGGAAUCAGAGAGGAAGGUACAUCACAAAUGGGCUUCACACAUUGUACCAAUGUCGGGAAUCGAAACCGGGUCUUCGGCGUGACGAGCGAACGCUUUAACCACCAGGCUAGCGCACCAUCCCGACAAUGAAGGGAAGAGACAGAAGCUUCGAUAUUUUUCGUUACAUGAACGUGUCUGUACAGGGGAUCUAUUUUCUUUUGUAUUUAUGUGUUUCUAAGAGAGACGUCUUUACAGACACAGGCCAAUGAGGGAUAGGGUGACCAAAACAGAUUUACAAGUUUACACAAUUUAUUGAAAGAUGAUAAAUGACAUGAACAGUGUAUUCAGUUAUGCUGAAGUUAUGUAUUGUCUGUGCGUCAAAAUCACUUUGGGAAUUUAGCUGCAGGAACAAGAAAAUGCAUGACACGUAUCUUAGUCAUGACGUGAAUACCGAGUGCGACGUUAAACAAUAUAGGACAUUAUAUUGUAUACUAACAGUGGUAACUGAGGUCAACGUAUCUCCUCUAAUCCUUAGGGGGCACGGGUGGCCCAGUCGUCUAAGGCGCCGCGAUUAAAAGCGGCGUUAAACCCAACUCACUCACUCACUUUAAUCCUUAUACAAGAACAUGUCUAGGCUAUUUGACAUGGUUUCAAACUGUCAACCCUGUUCGUUGAUGAUGUAAACACUGUUCCUUGAAGUCGAUGGUCGUUAUCCGUAUUAUCAAGUACUUGACAUGACUCGCGAGACACUGUAUCACACUUGACAUGCCACAAUUGAUGCACUUGGUAAUUGAAGACCAAAGUGCAGAAUGGGGCACACAGUGGCCAACAUAAAAACAUUUUGCUGACGUGAUAACACAAAUCCUCUGAUAUGAAAAAUGUCGCUUGGUCCCGUCUGUUUAAUAAAGGUCAUAGUCAUUAGACUUGAUCAGCAUAUUUCCUAAAUACAGUAAACUACGGUUAUAACUAACUCAAAGGGACCACUAAUUUUAGUUCGUAAUAACCGCAGUUCGUUAUAUGCAUAUAUACAGCAAAUGGCCGGGACCAAAAAAUAUGUUCGUUAUAAGCUUGUUCGUUAUAAACGUAGUUUACUGUAAUAAACAAAGAUUUCAAAUGCUUUAUAAUGCCCCGUGUUUGUAUUGAAUUGAUCCACCUUCUAAAUUGUGCCGUGAGUUUGUUUAUGGGUCUAUGGUGUUGUCCUAAUCUUUGACACAAGCACACGGAUAAACCCUAUUUGUACACAAAUUGACAUAAGAGGCGUCAGUGCAAAAGGAAGUCGUCCAGACUGAUUUAUUGAAUUCUAUGCAUAAUGCAAACAGAGGCAUCUCGAUAAAGUAAAUGCAUACGUUUCCUCAUGAUAAGACAGGUAUGCCACGCCCACAUAAGUUUCCUCAUGGUAAGACAGGUAUGCCACAUAACCCAUGUCUUCAUUCAACCCAGAUUCUCAUUUUCGUGCAUGAGUUGGGUUAGCGUUACUCUGAAAAGAAUUUCAGUUCUAUCGCGCAGUGUAGGCUUGAAGUGACAGGAACGCUGUGAGUGAUGAAGUUGUAAGACGUUCCAGAUCAGCAAAACACAUUUGUGACCUGUAUGUUGCUGACACAGCAAGACUAAAACCACGUUCUAUCCACGGAGGUGGUCCAGCCCUAUUUAGAGGCACCUGGCCAUGAUAGACAUCAUUCGAUUUCUGCUGAACCCUGGUGUGUGGCUAUGCACAUUAGAAUAAUUCUUUAAGUUCAAUGUGAUGAUAACAGAUUAAAUAGCUUUCAGAUAACAUACGAUAUGAUUGUGACAAGACAGUAUGACAAGAAGUAUGACGUCAACUUCCAAUAGUCGCCUUUCCCUUUAUGUCUAGCGGAGAUAGUAUGAACUUAUCAGUAAGUUUCAAACAGAGAUGAUACCAGGUAUUCACGAAAUGACACUCGCCACACACACAUUUCAUCGGACAUCAUUUUAGUCACUGAUAAGUCAAAUGGGGACGGGUUUUUUUAUUUCCUUGUAUACAAACCAUGUAUUAACAGCAAUGUCACCUUCAAUUGAUUUAAAGAAAACAAGAAAAAUAAACACUUCCUAUUCCAGAGUAUUAAAAUUUAAGUCUACAUGCCAUUUUAAUUUUAACAUUAUUAUCAACUUGAGGUGAUGAUGCAGUAUGUGAUUAAUUGAACUAUAGGUUUUAAAUUCUCACAAUUACUCUGAUCUUAUAGCCAGCAUGUGUAGACCCUAUUGUUCGUGAUAACCUUCAUUAAUGCAGCUGGGAAAGUCUGUAACAGUAACCCUGCAAACUGAAACACAUGAUAUAUGUCAAUCUCAUUCAAAUCAGAUCUAAAUUCUCGCUGCCGCUAA